GAUCGUAAACAGGUUACUGCCGCAAUGCGAGAACUGCAAAUGUCGGAAAUGUUUUGGAUUAUGGCACUCAUAUUGAUUGGCAGUUGUUUCGCUUAUCCUAAGCCGCGGACCUCGUACGUCGAUGACUUUGUGUUUCCCUCAAACGAAGAGCAUAUCCCUCGCAGUUGGGAACACUACGCAAAAGAUCAAUCAACCGAAUCGAGAGAUCACAAUGACAAUGCUAAAAAUCGAGAUAAGUGCAGAGAAUUUCAUAUCGACGACUCCUCUUGAAAAGUCUGUAUGAUUUUCAUCAGCUACAAGAAAUUGGAAGAUCCCCUGCAGAGUUUAAAUAAGGCUCUGGUUGAGGAUCUAAAUCUUCCGGAACUCGUUUAUAGUUUACGAGUUGUGAAGCGCGGAAAGCGUCGUUUAGUUUUUGAGCUGCCAAGUGCCAUAGAUGCCUUUCUUACCCUGAAUAGUUAUUGUAAUUUAUAUCAAGAUCGUCAUGAUCGCACCUAUGAAAUUCUCAAUGUUGAAGAACCUUUGAUUUUUUAACUAAUAAUUUCUCAAGAUAUUGCUACAUGAAGUGCAAAAACUUGUUUCAUACCAAUGUUCCCAUUAGAUUAAAAUUACUAAGUAAAGAAAUUCGAUAUAAUAACUUGAUAGUGCUGUGUAAUUACGAAUG